ACGGGGAAAGCGGAAGACGGGAGAAUUCUGGGCAGGUCAACAAGGAAACGCCGCUUUCGCAUAUCAAACACAGGAAGCUCGCGGGAGCCUUCGAGCUGUUCGGUGUGUAGUUCCAUGAGGGAAGACCACGAAGCGGCCGAAGAUCUUUUCUGACUGGGAGUAUCUCGGUGGAAGUCUUGAUUAUGGACUUAAAAGGAUCCUCAUGCAUUGCAGCUCCCACGUCAAGAUGCUUCUCUUUAGAGAAUUCCCGAUAAUUAUGGAUCCAAACUUGUUACGAGAACGAGAACUUUUCAAAAAACGAGCCCUCUGUACACCUGCUGUAGAGAAACGUCCAGCACCUUCUUCUGAUUCCUCAUCUUCUAAAAAAAAGAAAGCCAAAGUAGAACAGAGUGGUUCAUCAAGUUCAAAACCAAAUACAGACCACAGCAAUGGAACUUUUAAUUUGAAAGCUCUUUCUGGAGGCGCUGGCUACAAGUUUGGAGUGCUUGCAAAGAUAGUGAACUAUAUGAAGACUCGACAUCAACGUGGUGAUACCCAUCCAUUAACUCUAGAAGAAAUAUUAGAUGAAACACAGCACUUAGACAUUGGACUGAAACAGAAACAGUGGUUAAUGAGCGAGGCCCUUGUCAGCAAUCCUAAAAUAGAAGUUAUAGAUGGGAAAUAUGCCUUCAAGCCUAAGUAUAACUUAAAAGAUAAAAAGGCUCUGUUGAGGCUUUUGGAUAAGCAUGAUCAACGAGGAUUAGGAGGAAUACUUUUGGAAGAUAUUGAGGAAGGUCUUCCUAAUGCACAAAAAGCAAUUAAGGUAAGCAAUACUUAUCAUUGCAUCUUUCAAGUUUGGAUGUCAGUUGAACAGUAUAAUUAUGAAAGGAAACUAAUUAGUAUUCAUUUUGGGAUUUUAGAAUUUCAAAAACUUUGGAGGAGUGUUCCUGUGGAUUCUAUGGAUGAAGAGAAGAUAGAAGACUAUCUGAAACGCCAGGGUAUUUCCUCUAUGCAAGACGUAGGCCCAAAGAAAUUAGUUCCUAUCCAGAAAAGGAAGAAGCCAGCAUCUCAGAAGAAACGGAGGUUCAAAACUCACAAUGAUCAUUUGGCUGGUGUAUUGAAGGAUUAUUCUGAUGUAGCUCCUGGCAAAUAAAUUGGUCUUCUGAACUGAAUUGUUAUGUUGAUGUAGAUGCUUAGGACACAGAUGUCCUUUGUAUAUCUGAUGUGGUUCUUUCCUCUUCCAUUUCUGUAGCAGGUGAAAAGUAACAACUUUUGGGAUCAAGAAUAAAUUAUUAUAAGCUUGGAUCAGAGCCAUUCAUUAUCAGUAGACUUCUGAUAUUGGGGUUGAAAUGUAUUUAGCAUGUAAUGCUGAUAUUCAUGUUCAUCAGUUAAAAUUUCUUUGAAGAAUUCUUUGGUAUUCUAUUGGAAUUUUAUUAAGAUGGGCUAACCUAGAUAAAUCUGAGAUUUUUGAUGUCAAGAAAAGAUGUUUAUCAUAAAAUCAUUUUUAAAAGUUGAAGAUUUUUUUUACAUGUUUUCCAUGCCUUUUGACUGAAUAGCAGCUAAAAGUGACACUCCGUUUAGAUAUAUACAUUUAUUAUUUUAGAUGAAGCUUUUAUUUAGAAAUGUAAACUCUUUUUUUAUACUUAUUUCCCCCCCACAAAGUGACAUUUCUUGUAUUAUCCUGAAGUUUCCAUUUGAAUUUUCAAGUCUAUUUCAGUUGGUUGUUUCUGCAGGUACUAGUUACAUCAUGGUGCCCAUGCAACAUCUUCAAAAUUGUGUUAACAUUCCAUUUAUGUCAGGAAUCCUUGAGCUGAAAUAUAUCUCCAAAUAAAUCAUGAACCUGUUACAAGAAAACACAGGAUUUGCAAUGGUCUUCCCAGUUCCAAGAUAUUAUUAAAAAUCUGUGGGGAGAUCUCAAAGUACAAUGCAGGCCAAGAAGUCUCAGAAUGAUUCUGAGUUGGAAGAGUUCUGUUAAUGAAGUAUGAGAAUCAGUUCCAAAAGCAAAGCUAGAAUGACUCAGCUGACUACAGAAGAUGUCUGCCAAAGGAGGUAUUACAAAGUACUGCCUGAAAGAGUAUCCAAACCUCUGCCCCUGCAUAUCUUCUUACCUUGAAUCUUUUAAUAAUUGCACGUAAAUUGUUAAGUAUGCAUUUUAAUUUGUAGAACACUGUUGUGUGUAGUUUUGUAUCAUGUAGAAAUUUUGCCAUUUUCUGUUGCUUAAGGAUUUAUUGAAGUGUACAUUUUGACCAAGGGUGCCUAACUUUUGCACACAAGUGUAUUUGUAUUGUUUGUGAGUUACUUUAGAAUUAAAAAAAAAUUGAGAC